GGCAAUUGACGCGUAGGAAAGAGGCGCAACUUUUUGCAGGUGUACAAACGGAUUAUUUGUGUUGUAAAGAAAAGAUAAACAAGGUGCAACAAAAAAUUUCUAUCGGCGUACUUUCCAGCUUUUCAGGGUCGUGAAUUGUUUUAGUUAUUAUUUGCUGAUCACCUAAUAGUUGAAAGUUACUCAGCAAAACAUGGAGAAUGUUUUCUUGUUUGUGCCAAACAUCAUAGGUUAUGCAAGAAUUGUGCUUGCCCUUAUUUCAUUUUACUAUAUGCCUACAAAUCACAUUAUAGCUUCUUGGUGCUACAUCAUAAGUUCAUUGCUUGAUGCAAUAGAUGGACAUGCUGCCAGGUAUUUUAAUCAAAGUACAAAAUUUGGAGCCAUGCUGGAUCAGCUAACAGAUCGAUGUGGUACAAUGUGCCUAAUAGUUACAUUGAGCUACUUUUACCCACAACACAUGUUCUUGUUCCAAUUAAGUAUAACAAUUGACAUAGCUUGUCACUGGAUAUAUCUGCACACGAGUCUUCUUCAAGGAAAAGCGAGUCACAAGUUUAUUGACUUGUCUGGUAACCCAAUUAUGAGAAUCUACUACACAUCACGUCCUGUUCUGUUCUUUAUGUGUGCAGGAAAUGAAGCGUUUUAUGCUAGUUUGUACCUCUUGUAUUUCACUGAAGGUCCUGUAGUUGCAGGCCUGGGUCUCUUCCGUAUUGUAGCAUAUUUAACAGCACCUGUUGCUUUUGUUAAAGCACUUAUUUCUCUUCUUCAAGGAUAUGUAGCAUGUAAUAAUCUGGCGGCAAUAGAUCUUCAAGAUAGACAAGCACAGUUAACAAAAGAACAGUGAGCAAUGGCUCUUGCUUUCAUGAAUAUUAGUACUUGGAAAGUACUAGUGAAGCUACAACUGUGCAUUACAACUUACCUAGUCACUAAUGUGAUUUAGAAAUUCCAUUUUUGAUAGCAAGAAAGUCCUGAGUAAAUAUAAGAUGCUCUGUUAUAUUUUGAAACAAAAUACAAAUACCUUUGAAGGACUAAAUAUCAGUUUGAUUUGUAAUUUAUGAAAUGCAAGUUCUAAAUGCCAAAGAAGUUUUCACCUAAAAACAGUGAAUCAAUUCCUGAUGACGACACAGAUUCUGUUAUAUGUAGGUGACAGUUUUUCUUUCAUUGUAUUUAAUCGCAACUAGCUGAUUAAGCAGUGUUGCCUGGUUACUUAUUUUUCCUAGUCCUGUUUAAGGCAGGGAGAGGAAUGAAACCUAUACUUUUCCUUCCAGAUGUAAUAAUAAAUAAAUUCUUGGUAAACCCACUCUUGAGCAAGCAACGUGAAAUGGCCUGUAAAAGAAACAUGAUGACCUGAAACACUUCACAGUACUUAAUAGAGUGCCUCAGUGAUUUACUGUUUAUGAUCAAGAACACAAAUCUCAAUGGAAAUUGCUGUCUCUUUGAAUUAAAUGGGAGGGCCAUUGAAAUUAUGACUAACUUUCUUUAUGUUGCCCAGCAUCAUCUUUACAUACGAUCUCUCACAGAUUGAGGAUCCAUAGUAAAAUAUUUGAAUAUCCAAUUUUAAGUAAAGGACAGUGCGAUGGAAUUUCCCUUCUUUGCACCCCACUCCAUCACUAUGAGAGAGAUCUCAUCAGGGCACCAGUCCAGAUAGUAACCUUAGAAAUCUUUGGCUGUGACACUAAUUUUAAUUAUGUUUCCAUGUCACCCUCUUCCCAUCCCCACACAGCUAGCGGAUGUGAAAUUUCGUUGUAACUGUAACCAUCCAGAGGCUCUGGGUAUGAUGAUUAUUCUUCCAUGUUACCAUCUUCCUAUCCCACACUGAAGUGUGCUAGGCAUGCCUCAUCCCCAGUGAUUUUCCAUCAGGUUUUGUCCCAACUAUUGGGCUACUGGUCUAGACGUAAAGCAUGUUUUUCACUCUAUGUUUUAAUGUAGAGUUCAACCUCUCUGUGAUGUUAGGAGUCACUGAUUCCACAUUAAACUGUAGGUCCCCUCCUUUCUCUAGUUUGAUAACUGAGUUAAGUUAGGGGCAUGCAAGUCACUGAAGUGGCGUUUGUUUGGAAGACUUGCACCAGGUCAUUGAGCCACAUGAAAUAAUAAUUAAUGAUGAUGGUGAUAUCACUAUCACUUUUCAGAUAUUUUUAGAUGUCUAUCCUUUUUCUUCAAAUCCUACCCUCACUAUCAGAGGGCAACUGUCAUCAAUAAGUCUAUCAACUGUGAAAACUAUAAAUUCAACACUAAUAUCAAGCUUUUUCUCAAUUGUUUCUACAAGUCACUUCCUUCUCACCUCCAGUCCUAUUGGCACUAUGGGUGUCUUAGCCUGACAAAUUCCUAAAUUUAUCGAGGAUUUGAAGCUCUAGUUGAACAACUGAUCUCAGGAAUAUCACCACCACCAAUAUACAUUAUACAGUUAAGUGAGUGACCUAAUAAAUAUAUCACCUCUCUCUCUCUCUCUCUCUCUCUCUCUCUCUCUCUCUCUCUCUCUCACAUUAUAAACUGACAGUUACCAUGAGGACAUGUAAGAACUUUAAUUGACAACACUAGCUCAAUGAGAGGAGUGAAAAGGCACCACUAAGGCCAGUGUAAACAACAAAAAGAAAUAAAAAUAUAACUCUACAAUACCCGUGGAUGUAGUUAAUGUUGUAAAAAUAGACUAGUAAGUAAAUGUUUAACUGUUGUACAGAAGUGGUCAAUUUUUUGUUACAGUGCAAAUGACGAGUGAUAUUGCUAUUUGGUUUUACAUGUUAUGUUUAGAAAUUACAUUCCUAGUAAUUAUAACUAUUACUUUUUGUAUUAUUUUGUACUUUUGUCUUGCUCACCCAGUUUUUAAAUGCAUGUGCUCCAUUUAUUGUUUCAAUUGUGCA